AUUGCACCCUUGGCUCCUACUCACUCUCUCUCCCCAUCCGCGCCAGUCCAACCAAGUCAGCACCCGCGCGCGGCAAGGAGUUCACGCCCAUGGCGAGCACCAACAUGGCGUCGGCCACCUCGCGGUUCAUGCUGGCCGCGGGCGUGCCCACCGCCAGUAGCGGCAGCGGCCGCGUCAGCUUCGCCUCGGCGCCCAACCGGCUUGGCAGGAGGCUUGUGGUCCGGGCCGAUGAGGAGUCCCCGGCAGAGCCGGCGCCGACGGCGGAAGGGGAGGGCGCCGUGGCCACCAAGCCCAAGGCCGAGAAGCCGCCGCCGAUCGGGCCCAAGAGAGGCGCCAAGGUGAAGAUCCUGAGGCGGGAGUCCUACUGGUACAACGGGAUCGGCAACGUCGUCACCGUCGAUCAGGAUCCUAACACCCGUUACCCGGUGGUGGUGCGGUUCAACAAGGUGAACUACGCCGGCGUGUCUACCAACAACUACGCCUUGGACGAGAUCCUCGAGGUGAAAUGAGUGAGGCCAGUCUGCUCAAGGACCCCAUGCUCCUGUGUGAUUUGUAGUUGUGAAGUGAGGCUGCUGCCUAGCUGCUACGUUAGCUGCUAGCGUCACAACAUCAAUCUUGUAAUAGCUUAAUCUCCACAAUCAUCAUGUAAUUUAUUGCAUGCUUCAUUCACCGUGGACUCAAUAAUCUCUCUUGCUCUAAAAUCGAUGUAUUCGUUUUUCUUGUGAUUUUGUACAUGCACAUAAAUUUCUCUCUGGAAACAUUGUUUGUGC